UCGAGCGUGAAGGACGGACAAGAUGCCGCUGGAAAGUUGUCGAAAGGUGAAUCAAAAAUUUAAACUGUCAUCGAACAGUUUGUCCAAGCAGUCGAUCCCAGGAGUUCCGACGAGACAACCGACCAUCAUGAGCUGCGACAAUCCGUACGAGGGCAAACACGUGGAGCACCUGGUGACCAAGGAUGGGAUCCGUAGUCUGCUGGUGCCGAGCAAGGACACUUCGGUUUAUCCGAUAAUCUGGCCCAAAACCGCCUACCAAAGGUUGCAGAACAAGGCAAAGUUGAAGACCAUGGACGAUAAGCUGAUAGAGAUCAAGCAAAGCGAAAUUGAGAAAAAGAACAUGCUUGAAGAGUCGGAAAAGCGGAAGAAACGUUUCCAGGAGCUUGAUCGUGAGAGACAAGCGAAAGGAGGAACGAUUGGAAAUGUGCUCGAGGAGUUUGGAGAGGAAGAUGCAAGUGGAGCAGCUCAAAAGAUCAUCAAUCGAGCGUUCAUAGCUAAACAGGAACAGGAAGAGGAGGUGAAACGAGCCAACCGGAUCAUCCUGGCGGCCAAGUGUCACAUCAUCCGAGAUGCUCAAAUCGCCGAGAAGCAGGAAAUUCAACGGGAAUUGCGAGCGGAGGAACUUCGGCUGGAGAAGAUUAUGAUCGAGGAGAACGAGAAGGCAUUGCGUGAGGAAGAACGCAAGAGACAGGAGGCAAAAAUGGCUACCAAACAGCACUCCGAGGAAAUCCGGAACCAGUUGCAACAGAAAGAAAAGAUCCAGCUGAAGGAAGCUGAGCGAAUUGAAGAGGAGGCUCGCGUACUGAAACAAGCUCAGAUGGCCAUUACAGCGGAUGAAAAGUUGAACGAGAAGGCCAAAAUCGAUCGUGUAAACCAAAUUCGCGAAGAUCUGAAGAAAGCAUACGAACUUUCCGCGUACUAUAAGCAGUUGGAUUACGAGGAACAACGCAUCGCAGAGUUGAAAGUCCAGGAAUACAUUCGUCAGCGUAACGAACGUCAGGCAAAGCUGGAAUUGGAGAAGAAAAUGGCGGCGGAGAUGCGCGAACGCGAACAGGAUCGGAUGUUGAAGAUUCAACAGAAGCUGCUGACGACCAAGUCGGCAAAGAACGACAUGGAUCUGCGUCGCGGGCAGGAGCACGUUGAACGAGAAUUCCGGCGCCGUGAGAAGGAGAUUGCGAUCAAGAAGCGCCAACUUGAGCAACAAAUUGCGGUGGCUCGAGCUGAACAGCUGGAAGCGGUGAAGCUGGAGCGAGCCAUGCAGAUUGCCCGUGACGAGCUGGACCACAAACGGGCAGUGGAAAAGUACAAGCAAGAAGAGGAGAAAGAAACCAAAUCCAAGCAGAAGCAAUCCCAUUUGCGGGAGAGCUAUCGCGGGGAAAUUAUUCGCCAAAUGAACCAAAAGGAACAGGCACGGCGCGAGUUGGAGCGCAACUUCCGGAAGGAACACGCCGCCUUGCAGGAGCUGGUCAAGAAGCGCGAACUGGCCGUGAAGACGACGAUCUCGAACAAAAUUAAGAUCAUGAAGGAAAGUAAGGUGCCGGAUCGAUUCAUCAAGGACGUGGAACGCCAGCUGAACUUGAUCAAGGGUGACUGAUCAGUGUGAAUUUUCUUUGAUAUCAA